UGCGUUGAAAGGGAAGAAGCUACAACGCCGAGCGUAGCGCCAGCGUCGACGGCGGCAGCCUUAGCUUCAGCUUCAGCUUCAGCGGCAGCAGCAGGAUUUUCGCCGUUCGGUCUCAGUGCGCGCGUAGUCGCCGUGCUGUGAGGUUCUUCGUCGCGUUAUUAUCGAUCGUAGGCGGUUUGAGCGCCUGAACACAGUCGUCGGGGGGGGAACCGCGAAGAAAAUGAGAUCGAUAAUAAGUAACUGGCAUAGAUUUAGCCCUAAGAAACGGACAGAAACUGACCGCUGCUAGUAUAGUUAGAAGCUUAAUCGAAUUUAGAAGUAUUCUAUGUGUGUCGGAGCUAAUGAUCCGUAAUUUUUAUGUGAAGCAUAAAGAAAAAUGAAAAGAAUCGUCACGAUAAUGAUGAUGGCCAACUCUCCUCCACCUUCUCCUUCUCCUCAUCCUCGAUCUUCGCGAAGAGCCUGAUGAUGUAUAACCCCGUUUCUUACAUGACACUGUCACGGCUCUUAUCGACUGUGUCGCGAGUGACAAUUAACAUUAUGUGCGUGUGUGCGACGAUCGUCUGUACAUUUUAGGAACAGAAGGAAGGAAAGAAGUAAGAUAGAAAAAGAAGAGGAAAUUGAGAGAAGGAUAAUAAAUCCGUUUACGGUUCUUCUUCCUAAAUCCGCAUCAAUUCCAAUUAAGUACAUUUGAAAACUUACGCGUUGCGUAUUUUGUAUACCGUUUUCGAAACGUUUCUCGUAAAAUUAUUAUCAUUGUUACUACACUAUCGAUUACGUUCAUUUCGGUCAAGUUUUAACCUACAAGGGUCUCUAUUAAUAGCAAGCUAUACCUGUACCACAACGGCGGAAUCCCACGUAUUUCCUCGCAAAAAAAAGUAAACUCGACAAGAAUAAUACACGAACCUACCCUACGGGAUAAAAAUCUUGUGCCGCACAUCAAUUACGGACUGCCUGUAACAAUAAUAAUAAUACAGUCUUUAUAUACGGAAUUUCCAGCAAACGCGAUCUGAGUUUCCUAACUUUAAUUUUCUAUAUACUGUUUCCGCCUGCUGAUGAAAAAAUAAACAUAUAAACCACAGUGCGGAAGUAUUUCUGAAGCGGUAUUUAUAUAGAAGGAAAAAAGAAACUUCAUUCAAAAAAAAUUUAAUUCGUUAAAACGGGCGAUGAAUCUCUUUUUCGAAAAGAUGACAUAUAUUGCUGGCGUAAUGUAAUUCGGAACAUUAUUAAUAAUAAUAAUAACAAUAAUAAUAAUAGUAAUAAUAAAAUUAUUGAUAAUAAUAAUAAUUCUUAUUAUAAGAACAACAAUAACGCUCGUUUGUAUGGUAAAAUUAUAUUUGAUUAAACAUCGACACGAAACGCUACUGCCUCACGUAUAUACAUAUUUUAGAUAGCUACACGGUAGGGGUGUAAUCGAAAUAAAUCAUCACCAUAUUGUUACACCGAUUAAUUGGUAUCUGUCCAUCGUGGUUUUCAUCGGUGAGAAUUACUAAUUUUUCUUCUCUUCAUUCUUCUCAAAAUCACGUACACAGAAACACAAACACGUAUACACACACACACACACACACACACCUGAGUACAACAAUACACUGUCUCUUGGAAUCGAAAAACCGAAAAAAAGAAAACAAAACAAUUGAUCGUUAAAUCUGGAAAGUAUUCGUGACGCAUGAUGCGAGGUUGAACCGCGAUGAUAAAUCUGUAAUUAUUACGCGCGUCGGUUGCAAUAAAAAUUAUAUACAUGUACAAUACAGUUGAAUAAUAUAAUAAUAACACUAUAAAUAGUAAGAAUUUUAAUAGUAUAACGAUUGAUCGUGCGCAGUUGAAAGUUAUCGCGGAUGAGAGAAUAUAAUGAAAAAAUAAAAAAAAAAAAAAAUAACAAUAAUACAACAAUCAGUAUAAGCGGAUUAUAUUUAUCGUAACGAAGUCCGUAGUGAAAAAUCUUGUUGGUAAAAUAACGAACUGGAUAUUGAUAAUAAUAUGUAUAAUAAAAGUAUCCCAAGGUAUUGAGGUAAAAAGAAUUCUCGUGGAGAAUAUCGAAAAAUCCCGCGUUCGAUUUCGGGCCAGAAACGAUAAAGAGGACACAGAUAGUCGGGGGGGUCUGGAAGAUGGCGCGAGCUUAACGAGACCGGAAGCGACUAGUUAGAGGGUAGCAAGUGUCGCGCGAGUCUGAGCGAGUCCGAGCCGCCUCACUCCCACUCGAGAGCUACUCGGAGGCGAGUCGUUGAGUCGUCGGCGGUCCCAAAUGUCGCGGGAUCCCUACUCUGGCGGGAGCGGCGUUGUCGGUCCCGGAGGGGGUACGCGGUCGCCGCGAAGCGGUCGGAGGGUCGGUGAGCUACCGACGGUCGACCGAAGUCCGUCGCGAAACUACGCGAGCGGUCGGGGCAGCCCGCUGGGUCGUAAGCGGGGCACGCGAAGCGGGAACAACUCGCCGGAGCACCUGGGCUACGGUAGCUACCACCACCACCAGCUGGGGAGUCCGUAUUACUCGCGAGACGAGGACCUCGGAAGUCCCGUGAUGCUGGAGGAACGGGGGCGGAGCAUGUCGACGGGGGGCGGGGGGCAUCACAGAUCGAGAAGCGCCUCGCGGCCCGCGAUGUCGGCCUCGGCCGGUAUGUCGGCGAGGUACACUAGCCUCGAUCGCGCCUCGGCCGGUAUCCUCGAUCACGACAGAGAGUUCGUGCCGAUUCGCGAACCACGCGAAAGGAGCCGCGAACGCGGCCUGUAUCUCGACGACGAGAUAUACGGGUCCCGGUCCGCUCGCCAGAGUCCCAAUCCUCACCUAAUGCGCGACGGCGGAAGCUACAUUGGCGAACUUCAGCAUCAGAAUAACGACCUGCAGAGAGAGCUUGGGAACCUUAAGAAGGAACUUGAGCUCACUAAUCAGAAACUCGGCAGCUCUAUGCACAGCAUUAAAACAUUCUGGAGCCCCGAACUUAAGAAGGAACGCGCCCUCAGGAAGGAGGAGAGCACCAAGUACAGUCUCAUCAACGAACAACUCAAGCUACUCAACUCCGAGAAUCAGAAACAAAGUAUGAUGGUUCGCCAACUUGAGGAGGAACUUCGAUUGAGGAUGAGGGGACCCAGCGUUGAGAUGCAGCAGCAGAUGGAAGUUCUCUUCAAUGAAAACGAGCAUCUGACUCGUGAAAUAGUAAUACUUCGCGACACGAUUAAGGAGCUUGAAUUGAGGAUAGAAACUCAGAAGCAAACCCUCCAGGCGAGAGACGAAAGUAUUAAAAAGCUCCUGGAGAUGCUCCAGAACAAAGGAAUGGGUGGUAAGAUGAUAGCGACCCUCGCAGGAAUAUCGCCCGCAUCCGCCUUUUCUUCACUCACACCGACAUCUCAACAAAACCAAAAAUUGCCACCCAGAGAACUGCGAGCCCAGUCCCUUCCACGGAGGACUGACCAGGAGCUCAAAGCGACGAACGAGACGCUGAAGAGCCUCCAGACCCAGCUGGAACUCGCCUAUGCCAGCACAGCGUCUUCGGGAGCGCCGGUAGCGGGUAACGCAGGAUCGGGGGUAACAACCCUCGGCGGAAGCGUCGCGGUUCCAGGAGGCGUUCCGGGGAGCACGACCUUGACGGCGAUCCUCGAGACGAAGGACGCGCGGAUUCAGACCCUGGAGAAGGAGGUCGGCCUGCUCGAGGCGGAGCUGCAGCGGAUCAGGGAGUGCGGGGGAAAGCUGAGGGAGCAGCUUCUAAGGGCGACGGCUGUGCCCUCGGCCCAUCAUCCCUCGGGAAUCCUGCACCAGGUCAACCUCCAGGGAUCGAACGCCGUAAACUCCGCCGCCUUCGGCUUCAACCAUUCGACCCUCGUCAAGGGCGGCCAGCAGCCAUCCGCGAACAAUUCCUCGAGCCUGGCGAACUCCUUCCUCGCAAAUUCCGCUGGCCUUGGAUCAUGUCUCGCUGGAAUAUCCGCCGGCGUUACCACGGGCGUUUCUAAUCCGUACACAGAGCGCUACAAUCACGGAUCGGAGAACCAGAAGCACCAGUCUCACCACCUCAGUCAUCAUCAUCAGCAUCAGCAUCAUCAUCACAAGCAAAUCGAGUCAUCUUCAUCGUCAUCCGCCGCCGCCGCUGCCGCCGGCGCCCUUGCGCUUCAUGCUCACACCUUCAACAAACACGACAUGAACUUCAAACGACAACUGGACGAGUUUCGGGCAGAAGUACAACGGAGGGAUCAGGAAAUUUUGGGGAUGUCAGCGAAGAUGAAAACUCUCGAGGAACAGCAUCAGGACUAUCAAAGGCACAUCGCUGUUCUAAAGGAGUCCUUGUGCGCCAAGGAAGAACACUACAAUAUGCUCCAGGCUGACGUCGAAGAAAUGCGGCAGAGACUCGAGGAGAAGAAUAGACUUAUUGAGAAAAAGACCCAGGCUGCUAUGCAGGCUCAGCAGGAUCGCAAUCGAAUGAAUACCGAGCUCACUGAGAUCAAGGAUCACAUGGACAUCAAGGAUCGAAAGAUUAACGUCCUCCAGCGAAAAAUUGAAAAUCUGGAGGAUCUUCUCAAAGAGAAGGACAAUCAAGUAGAUAUGGCUCGGGCUCGUUUGACCGCUAUGCAAGCACAUCACUGCAGCAGCGAAGGAGCCUUGAGCAGUUUGGAGGAAGCUAUCGGCGAUAAAGAGAAACAAAUGACUCAGUUACGCGAGCAGAGGGAUCGUGCCGAACAGGAGAAACAGGAAGAGCGAGAACUCCAUGAAAGAGAACUCGCCGAGUACAAAAUGAAACUUCAUGCCCUGGAGUCUGAGGUCGAAAAACUUGGCGCCCGUUUGGAACGAGCUCAGGCUGAGAAAGAUCGCCUCGAAGCAAAACUGGAAAGUUCCCAGUCGGAAUUGGGCAAAAGUAAAGCAGAACUUGACAAAGCGGCCUCCGAGGUUGGUCGCAGUGGUGCUGACUGGGAGGCUGCUAAACAGCGGUUGACUCGCCUUGAAUUAGAGAAUGAAAGGUUGAGACACGACUUGGAAAGAUCGCAAACUACGUUUGGCAGAAGUACGUUGAACUCGUCUCAGGAGAUGGACAGAAUUCAAGAACGUGCGGAAAAAUCGACAGCAGACUUGAGGAGAGCACAGGCUGAGCUCAGAGUUACUCAAGCGGACAAUGAAAGAGCCAGAGCUGAAGCAACUGCUCUUCAAGAAAAGGUUGAAAAAAGUCAAGGUGAAGUUUAUCGUUUGAAAGCUCGCCUAGAAAAUGCACAAGGAGAACAAGAGAGCUUGCGCGAGGAAUAUGACCGAGCUCAAGCCUCCGUGGCUCGUCUUCACUCUGAACGUGACAAAGCCGUUGGUGAACUUGAAAAAGUUCGAGAAGAAUUGGAACGCACUCAGGCAACUUUGGGCAAAGCUCAAUUACAGCAAGAUAAAUUACAAAACUUGCUGGACAAGGCUCAAAGUGAAGUUGACAAACUUCAGGAGAGAUUGGACAAAUCUCAAGGAGAAGUACGCAGAAUGCAACUUGAAAAAGAGAAGCAAAACUACGACUUUGAGAACGUGCAAAGCCAAUUGGACAAAGCACUUGGUCAAUCGACUAGAAUGCAAAAAGAACGUGAGGCAAUUCAACUUGAGGUCGAUCGGCUUCAUGACAAAUAUGAAAAGGCACAGAUGGUUAUGCAACGUCUGCAGAAAGAACGAGAUAACUUCCAAGAAGAGAUGGAAAAGUUACAUGAAAGAUUAGAAUUCCAACAAAGUCAACAAGUAAAACUGCAACGUGAAAAAGAAAAUGUUAUGUCCGAACUUGACUUGAUCAAGGAACGAUGGGAGAAGGUUCACACCUUACAUCAAAAACUUACCCUUGAAAGAGACGACGCAUUAACGGAAAUUGACAUUCUUAAAGACAAAUUGGAAAAAACUCAAUACGGAGCUAACAAAGCUUACGAGGAAAGAGAAAAUGCCAGUAAAGAAUUUGAAAAAAUGCGUGAAAAAUAUGACAGGGCACAAAGCGAGGUGUAUCGUCUACAGAAUAAGAUCGAUGUAAUGGAGGCUGACAAGGAUCACUUGGAAUUAGAAGUAGAAAAGCUGCAAACAUUGGCCACCAAAGGACGUGAAGAAGCUCGUAAAGCACAGGAGGAACUGGCCCGUGUCCAGGAAAUGUACGAUCGAGCAGCUCUUCAGUUGGGUCGCACUAAGGAACACGAAGAAAAGUCCAAGGAGGACUUGGACAGACUAACAGUAGAUCUAGAGAUGGUUCGUGAGAGAUACGAAAAGUCUCAAAUCGAGUUGAGGCGUCACCAAAACGAGCGAGAAAAGUUAGUCGCGGAUAACGAGCGGGUCUCCUUCGAACUAGAGAGAGCUCAUUCUCAGCUGAGCAAAGCACAAGCUGCUACUGAAAAAACGCAAGAGGAGUUGGCCAGGAUGCAGCUUGAGAUCGAAAAGAUGUAUGAGAAACACGACAGGCAACAAGCCGAAGUUAGGAAAGCUCAAGCUGAAGCAGAAAGGCUUCGUGCCGAAGCUGAAGCCGCUAGGGAGGAAUCAGAAAGGUACGCAGCAAGGUUUGGUAAAUAUCAAGAGAGCCAAGAGCGACAGAAAGAAGACCAUGAACGGGCGAAGCUGGAGGUUGAGAGGCUGAGGGAUCGUUUGGACAAGGCGCUACUUGAGCUGGAGAGGGCACGAAAGGCUGAGCAGGACGCUUCGAGGCUUCGUGCGGAUUUGGAGCGUGCCGAAGGUGUACGAGGUAAAUACCAGUUCGAGCAGGAAAAAUGGCAAAGUGAAGGUAGUAGGCUGCAGCAGGACGUAGAGAAAUUGCGCGAAAGACUAGAAGCUCGAGAGGCUGAGCUAAAGAGAUCGCAGUCAGUUGUCGAGCAGUUGGAAGCUAAACUUCACGAGACGCAACUACAAUUGGAACGUGCCAGAGAGGAAGCGACCAAGGUAACGGCGGCCCAGGAUAAGAAUCGAGCCGAAAUGGAGCGAGCGAAAAUUGAGACUGAAAAAAUACGUGACAGGCAUGAUAAGCUCAAAGCCAAGGCCGACGCUCUGGAGGCGGACAAUGAAAAACUGCGAGUAGAAAUUGUCAGAUUAGAAAGACUCAUGCAGACCGAAGGUAAAACGAGGUCGGAGAGUGCUAGUAUAGAAGUAGAACGUCUCCGAGCAAGCUUGGACAAAGCGAUUAUCGCUCGAGAUCAAGUCGAACUUGAAGCUGGCCGGCUGGCGAAGGAGCUAGAAAAAUCCCAAAUGCUCUUAGCUAAGUACCAGGAGAGCAAUGAGGCAAGUAAAAAGGAAUUGGACAGAUUGAGUGCAGAGCUGACACGGUUACAUGAAGAGAGAGAAGCCCUGAGGCAAGAACUCCGCAGAGGACAACAUCAGCAGCAACAGGUUAGCACUGAAGAGUUAGCGAGAAUACAACACGAGCUGCAACAGGUUCAAAGAGAUCGAGACAAGAUGGCAGCGAUUUUGGAGAAUAGAGAAAAGCAUUCCGAGAAAAUAGAGAAAAUCAAGGAAAAGUUGGAAGCAGAGGCCAAGCAGUUGCAAGUAGAAAGAGAUCAGCUGGUUAUCCAACUGGAAAAAUCUCAAGACAUGUUAAUGAAUUUCCAACAAGAAUUGAACACCAGCGAAACUGAACUCACCGAGCUUAGAAAGCUUCAUCAGCUGCAACAGCAAAGAGCUCACUCCCAAACUCCGGACAAAGCUACCAAAGAAGCUUUGGAAUCUCAAAUGCGGGAAGUCCAACGGCUUACGCAACAAGUUCAAAACUUGAAUCAAGCACAAGCCAAAGAAAAACAACGCGCCGAACAAGCUGAAAAGCGAGCUCAAGAAUUACAGAAACAACUAGGUGCUAGAGGAGGCGAGUCUGAGGCACAGCUGGAACAAUGGCGCAAAUUAGUAGAUAAUGAGAAAAACAGGGCGGAUAAUGCGGAAAAGACAGCGUCGGAGUUACAGAAACGUGUUCAAGCUAUGGAAAGGCAGCUGCAUGCUCAGCAGCAACAGAUACAACAGAUGCAAGCCAACUUGCAACAAGCCUCUGUGGUGCAAGCGCAGACGGCGCAACAGCAUCAACAAAAUCAGCAGUCCGUACAGGAGGCUGAUAGGCUCAGGAAGGAACUCGAACGUGCUAAGGAAGAAGUGAAACAAGCUAGCGUUGAACGGGAACGGUUCCAGGCUCAACUGGAGAUGCUUUGUCAGGAGCUGGAACAAAAUCAGGUGGAUUUGCACGAGGCGAACAAGAAGCUUCAAGCUGGCGCUACGAAAGCUGGCGCCGACUUUAAUCAGGAACGAAAACAAUUGGAUGAACAAAAGCGACAAGUAGAAGAGCAGAGGAAGCAACUAGAAGAUCGUAUCAAAGCCAUAGAUCAGAAGAGUAGAAGCGUAGAAGAAAAGGAGAAGGCACUUCAAAAUCUUGACCAAGACCUUAAAAAGCGUAAAGCAAGAAUGGACCAAUUGGAACAACAAUUGCAAAGGAGCGGUGGGUCUCCGGACAAAAGAGUGGCGGAAUUACAGAAAAUGCUUGAGAAAGCUGAGAAAGAUUUGGAGAAAUCGAAGGAAGAUUCUGGACGUAGUGCCACCGAAAUGGAAAGGUUGUUACAGCUAGUUCAGAUGUCCCAAGAGGAGCAAAAUUCCAAAGAGAAGCAGAUAAGGGAACUGCAAGAAGCACUAAGAGUCGCACAAGCAAAAGCAAAACAAGCUGCAAGUGCACAGCAACAAGAGUCGUCGAUUCAUUACACAAACCAAGAGGACACAACGUACUGGAAGCAGGAUAUUGAUGAGAAAAAUCAUCGAAUAAUGGAAUUAGAGAGUGAAGUGAUGGAAUUGGAAAAUUUCUUAAAAGAUCACUCGGACACCAACGGCAUAGAAGAAUUAAGACUUCAGAUUGAGCACAGAAAUUGUCGUAUAGAAGAGUUAGAAGAAACUAUUACUGAAUUCGAAGAUUUCCUGAAGCACAAUCCGGAUGUUAAAGACCUACAUGAUUUGAAAACGGAUUUGGAUGCGAAGAAUCGGAAGAUACAGGAACUCGAAAAUCGUAUUCAAAAAAACGAUGACAAAGACUUGAGAAUAAAUAAAGCCAGAAUAAUGGAACUGGAAGAAACGGUAACACAUUUAGAAGACUAUGUAAAACAACAUAAUGUCGACGUUUUAAAACAAAAACUAAAAGACCGAGAAGAUAGAAUAGAACAAUUACAAUUGACUAUUAACUCUCUAGAAAAACAGCUUCUGUGUUCGGAAGAACGAAAUGACAAUGGUGUGGCUUACAAAAAGCAAUUUGAAGCCAGAGAUAAUAAGAUAACAGAAUUGGAAAGUGAAAUGCAAGCAAAAGUUGAAAGCAAACUAGAUGAAAAGAAGUCGCUGUUUCCGGAGGGUUCUAAUGUGUGUCAUAAAUGUGACGGUUUUUUGAAAAUGGAGCGACGAGUGAGAGAAAUGGAAAGCCUGAUAUCUUCGAAGGACGAUAAUAUACAGGAAUACGAGGAUGAAAUAGCACAGUGGCAAGACAAACUUUCUAGGCUUCAGAAACAAAUGGUUGAACUUGAAAAAGAACUUGGUGAGUACGAAGCUGAAGACAUUGGAGUGCUGAAAGAGGAAAUAAAAGUGCGAGACGAAAGAAUUGGGCAAUUGGAAGAUGAGAUUGAUUCUUUAGAGCGAGCUUUCGCUGAGCAAAUGGAACUGGAGCAGAUCGAAGAAUUAGUCAACGUGGUUAGGCAAAGAGAAGAAAAUGAAAAAGAACUGAACAGUCUCAUAAAAACAAAAGAAGACAAGAUUGAGGAACUAACCACAGCACUUCGAGAAAGCAUUGUCAUCGCCAGUGACGGGGAGAGGAAGCUGAAGCAGGAAGAACAACAGAAACGCAAUUGCGUACAACGAAUUGAAAAACUUGAGCAGAGGAUCGCAUCACUUCAGACAUCAUUUGCCGUAAAAUGUCCUACUUGUAAGCCACUUCUGUCCAGGUUGCAGAAAUCGGAAAAGAUACUAUGUAGUCUGACAAAAGAAAGGACGACGCAACUAGAAGAGCUACACAAUAUGAAACGAGAAGCACUGGAAGCUGCGGUUUCAGAAAAAGAUGCUCACUUGGCUCUGCUCGAAUUGUCUGGUAUAAAAACAGAAAAGCAAGCGGAACAGGUAGACAAACUAAAAGCGGACAGAACAAGAUUGUUGGAAAAACUGAAAGAAGAGAACGAACGGAGCAUAGCGCUAUCGAUUGAAUCUUCCAGUCCAGAGACGACGCCUUUCCUCACAGAUAUUCUUGAUCCAUCAGACAGUGACGACGAUAGUCAAAAUGAAGCAGAAAAUAUUGUAGGAAAUUUACAAGCAACAUCGAAUGGAAAUGCAAAUAAUCACAGAAUCGAGGUAGAGCAGGCUCAGGCAAAGACUACUCUUAAAUGACAUAUAACAGAUAAGUACCACCCGCGUACUGUUCCUCUAACGUUCCUUUGAUGUUGUCAUGUGCACAGUUCUAGAAAAAUCUAGCGUAGAAACUUUUAUUUCUAUGUGUCAUCAUGCAAUAUUAUCAUCAUAAACAUCUACAUCUACAUCUACAUCUACAUCUGCAUUCUUCACCUCAUGAAUCACAUCACCGCCAGCCAUCUUCAUCUCCAUAUCAUCACGGACGAGUACCCAAGAAACUGACGGAUUUAAACAAAUUGAAAUAAUAUAAAUUCGUAGCACGUUAAUAUUAAAUUUUUAAUGAGACGCACUGUAACUUGAAACAUUUAAGAUACACAAUAGUGUCAGACAUGUGCUGAGUGUUAAUCGAAAAAAAAGAUAAGAACAAAAGAACAGAAUUAACUGCCAGAACCUAUCCGUGACAAUGAAGAUAUUAAAAUCACGUGUCAAUGUUAUAUUACAGUAAAACACUGUUAAAUAACAAAACAUAAAAGACUAUAACGUCACGUCAAUGUAAGCACGUUAUAAAAAUUAUUAAGAGACAAUUAACCAGUAUAAACUGUCAUCGAUAACGAGUGAUACGCCUCUUUGCAAGUCUCAUCCAGCAUACUGAAUUUCUUUUUUUGUACCUACAUUAUGAUUUUUUAUAAUUUUUCAAUUAACUCAAAGAAACACGACCUCAGGCAAAAUAAUAAUACUUCGAGCCCAUUGAUGGAAAUAUUAUUAUUGUUAUUCAUUACGCCCUGCAUAAAUCAGUAUUGAUUACUUCAAAGAAGUAGAUAUAUAUUUUUUUUUAACUUUCUACAGUUAAAAACAGCAUAAAAGCCAUUGUUUUGAUCUAGUCAUGAAACCAAUAUUAUAGUGUAAGAGAUCCCUGUUCUCGAGGGUCGUGCUUUGCACCAAAUGCACAAAUUAGUUCUUAAUGCAAAUAGUAUUUGAUUAAUAUAAAUUUUUUUAUUUGUUAUCUGUAAUGAGAAAGA